AUGUAGCCCAGAACUAUGUAUAAUAUUUUCUUUAAUAUUUAGGAAUAAUAUUUAAUUAAAACAAAAAAUACUAGCACAACAUUUUACGAGCGAGAGUAAUUUGAAAGAAGACCUUCCGUAUUUGACUUAGCUCUCUGUCUGUUUCUCUCUCCUCCCUCCGCGUCUCCCCCUCUCUAUGCUCGUUAGUUGUUGCACGCAAUUUCAACAUUCUUUUUGCAUUGGAUCUCAUAUUCAUAAUCAUACUCAAAUUCAUACAAUUUCAAUUUUUUCAGAUCAAUUUCUUCAAAUUCAAAUUCUUUCCAAAUUCCAAAAUUCAUUAUAUCAUUAUAAUUAUUUUACAAUUAAUUGAUCUAAUAAUUCUAAGAUAGUUUAUUGAAUUUCCAAUGGCAUCGGAGAGAUUAAUCGGCGGCGAAGGGCCGUCAUACUUGCAAAUGGAAUCCGAAGAGCCGCCUUCGACUGCGGCACCUGCACCAGCGAGGACGUCGUCCUCAUUCUUCACAUUCAAUUUAGGCGAGCCGACUGAGUCAACUCGGAUUUUUGAGGAGUUGCCUAAAGGCAGUAUAGUUCAUGUCUCUAGACCUGAUGCUGGUGAUAUAAGUCCCAUGUUAUUGUCUUAUACUAUUGAAUUGCAGUACAAACAGUUCAAAUGGCAAUUACACAAGAAGGCUGCACAAGUGUUAUAUUUACACUUUGCAUUGAAGAAACGUGUGAUAAUUGAGGAAAUUCACGAGAGGCAGGAACAGGUUAAAGAAUGGCUUCAAAACCUUGGAAUAGGAGAUCACGCUCCAGUUUUGCAAGAGGAUGAUGAUGUUGAAGAUGAAACUAUUCCUUUGCAUCUUGAUGAAAGUGCCAAGAAUAGAGAUGUUCCGUCAAGUGCUGCGCUUCCACUUAUUCGUCCAGCACUGGGUCGACAGCAUUCUAUUUCAGAUAGAGCGAAGGUGGCCAUGCAGGGGUAUCUGAAUCAUUUCUUAGGGAACCUGGAUAUUGUUAACUCUAGAGAGGUCUGUAGGUUUUUGGAGGUCUCUAGAUUAUCAUUUUCACCUGAGUACGGUCCUAAGCUUAAAGAAGAUUAUGUCAUGGUGAAGCAUCUUCCACAAAUUCCAAAUGAUGAUGAUCAUAGGAGAUGCUGUACAUGCAAUUUGUUUAGUUGGUGCAAUGACAAUUGGCAAAAGGUCUGGGCUGUGUUAAAACCUGGAUUUUUGGCCUUACUGGGAGACCCUUUUGAUACAAACCUUUUGGAUAUUAUUGUGUUUGAUAUGCUACCUGCUUCGGAUGGAAAUGGAGAAGAAAGAGUUUUAUUAGCGGAAGAGAUUAAAGAUCACAAUCCUCUGCGCCAUGCUUUUAAGGUUACUUGUGGCAACCGCUGCAUAAGUUUGCGAACUAAGAAUAGUGCCAAAGCUAAGUGCUGGGUUUCUGCUAUAAAUGAUGCUGGUUUAAAGCCUCCUGAAGGGUGGUGUCAUCCACACCGCUUUGACUCUUUUGCUCCUCCGAGGGGAUUAACUGAUGAUGGUAGCAAGGCUCAGUGGUUUGUUGAUGGGAAAGCAGCUUUCGAAGCAAUUUCCUCGGCAAUUGAAAAUGCUAAGUCAGAGAUAUUUAUUUGUGGCUGGUGGGUUUGCCCAGAAUUAUAUCUCAGACGCCCAUUUAAGGAGUAUGCUUCAUCACGACUUGAUGCUCUACUCGAAGCAAAAGCCAAGGAAGGGGUGCAGAUCUAUAUAUUGCUGUAUAAGGAGGUUGCUCUAGCAUUAAAAAUCAACAGUGUCUACAGCAAAAGAAAGCUCCUUAGCAUACAUGAAAAUGUGAAAGUACUGCGAUUCCCUGAUCACUUUUCAACUGGUGUUUACCUAUGGUCCCAUCAUGAAAAGAUUGUAAUUGUUGACUACCAAGUCUGCUUUAUUGGUGGAUUGGAUUUGUGCUUUGGUCGCUAUGACACACUUGAGCACAAAGUGAGUGACGAUCCUCCAGCUAUAUGGCCUGGAAAGGACUAUUACAAUCCUAGGGAAUCUGAACCUAACUCUUGGGAGGACGCCAUAAAAGAUCAGUUGGAUCGCACAGCGUAUCCGCGUAUGCCAUGGCAUGAUGUUCAUUGUGCCCUUUUUGGGCCACCUUGCCGGGAUGUGGCAAGGCAUUUUGUUCAACGCUGGAAUUAUGCAAAGAGAAAUAAAGCUCCAAAUGAGCAAACGAUUCCGUUGCUCAUGCCUCAACAACACAUGGUCAUCCCACAUUACAUGGGAAGCAAUUGGGAAACAGAAGCUGAAGAUGUGAAUGUAGCUGAGAAUCAGUAUAUGAAAAGACAAGAUUCCUUUUCUUCUCGAGCAUCUUCUCCAGAUAUACCAUUGCUUUUGCCUCAAGAGGCUGUAGAGGAUGAUGAUUCAAAGUUAAAUGGAAAGGAUGUGAGCCAUGACCAUCAGAUGAAGAUUAUUAGAAAUGUUCCAUUCCCUUUCCGAAAAACAAAAAUUGAACCAGUAAAUUUGGACAUGCCAAUGAAGGCUUUUGUUGAUGACUUUGACGCAGUGGAUGGCGCAGGGCGUUAUGGCAUGAAAUCAUUAGAUAAAGAUUGGUGGGAGACACAAGAACGUGGUAGUCUGGUUGUUCCUUCGAAUGAAUCUGGGCAAGUUGGACCAUGUGUCUCAUGUCGUUGCCAGGUUAUUAGGAGUGUCAGUCAAUGGUCAGCUGGAACUAGCCAAACAGAACAAAGUAUUCACAAGGCCUAUUGCUCACUAAUUGAAAAGGCUGAGCAUUUCAUCUACAUUGAGAAUCAGUUCUUCAUUUCGGGGCUUUCGGGAGAUGAGAUAAUACACAAUCGGGUAUUGCAAGCGUUGCACAAGCGAAUUUUGAGAGCAUUCGAUGAAAAAAAAUGUUUCCGAGUUAUUGUCGUGUUGCCUCUCUUACCAGGAUUUCAGGGGGGUGUAGAUGAUGCUGGGGCGGCAUCUGUUCGCGCAAUAAUGCAUUGGCAGUAUAGAACAAUAUCAAGAGGAGUGAAUUCUAUAUUGCAAAAUCUUUAUAAUAUUAUGGGCCCUAAAUCACACGAUUACAUCUCUUUCUAUGGUCUUAGAGCUCAUGGUGAACUGUUUGAUGGUGGUCCAGUAGUUACCAGCCAGAUCUAUGUGCAUAGUAAAAUCAUGAUAAUUGACGACUGUAUGGCCCUAAUUGGAUCAGCAAACAUCAAUGACAGGAGUUUGUUAGGUUCUAGAGACUCCGAGAUUGGAGUGGUAAUUGAAGACAAGGAAGUAGUAACUUCACGUAUGGGAGGAAAACCAUGGAAAGCUGGAAAAUUCACUAUGAGCCUUCGCCUUUCUUUGUGGGCUGAACACCUUGGUCUUCGACCUAGCGAGAUUCCUCAAAUUUAUGACCCUGUGGUUGAUGCUACCUACAAAGACAUUUGGAUGGCAACUGCAAAGACCAAUACAAUGAUCUACCAAGAUGUCUUUGCCUGUAUCCCUAAUGAUCUCAUCCAUUCUAGAGUUUCACUUAGACAGAAUGUGGCUCACUGGAAAGACAGACUUGGGCAUACUACCAUUGAUCUCGGGGUAGCUCCUAAGAAGUUAGAAUGCUAUCAAAAUGGGACCCUCAAAGACACUGAUCCCUUGGAAAGAUUAGAAUCUGUUAAAGGGCAUCUUGUGUCCUUCCCAGUUGACUUCAUGUCACAAGAAGAUUUGAGACCAGUGUUCAAUGAAAGCGAAUAUUACGCAUCAGCCCAAGUUUUUCAUUGACAUGAUUAUUUCCGGAAGCAGCUUAAAAUAUUGAUGUAUAGUGCAAGCAAUAGUAUCGAUAGCAGAGCAACUUGUCAUACAAAAGAAAGCAGAAGCUGAAGCUCUACCAAGGGUGGAAUAUAUAUGUAAAUUAUUUAUGAAAAAGGCGAAAAUUGGAGAAGGAUUUGUAUUUUUUGAUAACCUCCUUCUCUUUCAAAGGUGGUUGAGAUUUACCGAUCAAUGUCAUCGGCCAGCAUGUUUCUGCCAUGGCGUCAAGGUGUCAGCAUCGCAGGUUGAAAAUUUUGCUGUUGAUGAGAGUGAUUUUCUACCGGUAUCUUGAAGCUAAUGCUGUAAUGUAUAGUUGAUCAUUUUGUACAAAUCAAUUCAAUACAAAGAAGCAACGUACAGUUUAUUUAUCAACCUAA